ACGUCAAGUUGCACCACCGAUUCAACCCAGUAGACGCUCUAGGAGGCGGUGCAAUAAAUCUCACUCAUUCGACGCAGGAACUACCAUCCUGUGAGUCUCCUCUGCAGUGAUCCCGUCUUCUGCUCCACCAUCCUCGUCUCCAUCCGUCCAAAAUGCGCGAAAUUGUGCAUUUGCAAGCCGGUCAGUGCGGAAACCAGAUUGGAGCCAAGUUCUGGGAGGUGAUCAGUGACGAACACGGCAUUGAUCCCACUGGCACCUACAGUGGAGACAGUGAUCUGCAGCUAGACAGGAUCAGCGUCUACUACAAUGAGGCCUCAGGUGGAAAGUAUGUGCCUCGUGCCAUCUUGGUUGAUCUGGAGCCUGGGACGAUGGACUCAGUCAGGUCUGGUCCCUUUGGGCAGAUCUUCAGACCUGACAACUUUGUCUUUGGUCAGAGUGGCGCUGGAAACAACUGGGCCAAGGGUCACUACACUGAGGGAGCUGAGCUGGUGGACUCCGUCCUGGACGUCGUGAGGAAAGAGGCUGAGAGCUGCGAUUGCCUCCAGGGCUUCCAGCUCACCCACUCCCUGGGUGGUGGCACUGGCUCUGGCAUGGGCACCCUGCUCAUCAGCAAGAUCCGUGAGGAGUAUCCCGACCGCAUCAUGAACACCUUCAGCGUGGUGCCCUCUCCCAAGGUGUCCGACACUGUGGUCGAGCCCUACAACGCCACACUCUCUGUCCACCAGCUUGUGGAGAACACAGAUGAGACCUACUGCAUUGACAAUGAAGCUCUCUAUGAUAUCUGCUUCCGCACACUCAAACUCACCACCCCCACCUAUGGAGAUCUCAAUCACUUGGUGUCCGCCACUAUGAGUGGGGUGACCACCUGCCUGCGCUUCCCUGGCCAACUCAACGCUGACCUCCGUAAACUAGCCGUCAACAUGGUGCCAUUCCCCCGUCUGCACUUCUUUAUGCCAGGAUUUGCCCCCCUCACCAGCAGGGGCAGCCAGCAGUAUCGCUCCCUCUCUGUGCCUGAGCUAACCCAGCAGAUGUUCGACGCCAAGAACAUGAUGGCUGCCUGUGACCCCCGUCACGGCCGCUACCUCACUGUGGCCGCAGUGUUCCGGGGCCGCAUGUCCAUGAAGGAGGUGGAUGAGCAGAUGUUGAAUGUGCAGAACAAGAACAGCAGCUACUUUGUAGAAUGGAUCCCCAACAAUGUGAAGACUGCUGUCUGUGACAUUCCACCCCGUGGCCUCAAAAUGGCUGCCACUUUUAUAGGCAACAGCACAGCCAUCCAGGAGCUAUUCAAGCGCAUCUCCGAGCAGUUUACGGCUAUGUUCCGCCGUAAGGCUUUCCUCCACUGGUACACCGGUGAGGGCAUGGAUGAGAUGGAGUUCACUGAGGCUGAAAGCAACAUGAACGACCUGGUGUCUGAGUACCAGCAGUACCAAGAUGCUACUGCUGAGGAGGGCGAGUUUGAGGAGGAAGGAGAGGAGGAGGUUGCCUAAACCUUGGUCUAUCAAGCUCCAAAACCACAUUACAUAUCCCAUCCCCCAAGUCCGUCCCUUUCAUCCCUCUUCAUCAUAAAUCAAAAGGUCUGCCUCGCUCUGGAAAACUGUUGCCACCUAGGUUGCUGUCGCUUUAGUGUUAGACUUUAAUGCUAACUGUUACUAGUGAAGAUUGGUUAAAAUGUUUUCAUAUGCUGUGAAUGCAUUGAACCCUUUACAUCUUUCCUGUGAUUGACUUGAAAAAUUCUGAAGCUAAUAAUUCUAACUGUGAAGCUUUGAAAUUGGAGGGUGAUUAAAAUCUGAUAAAAAAAGAUCUAUUUUAA